AUGCACAGGACAUAUUCUUUGAGGAACUCUAGAGCACCAACAGCUGCGCAGUUGCAGAAUCCGCCACCUCCGGUGUCGUCUACCAAGAAUCGGUUUUUUGGCAAGGGGGGGUUGGCCAAUACGUUUCGGAAGAAUGCCGCGGGGGCGUUUGGGCCAGAGUUGUCGCGGAAGUUGUCUCAGCUAGUGAAGAUUGAGAAGAAUGUUCUCAGGUCGAUCGAGGUUGCUGCCAACGAACGUCGGGAUGCUGCUAAGCAGUUGUCUUUGUGGGGGUUGGAGAAUGACGAUGAUGUGUCGGAUAUCACGGACAAGUUGGGUGUUUUGAUUUAUGAGAUGUCGGAGCUUGAUGAUCAGUUUAUUGAUCGGUAUGACCAGUACCGGUUGACGUUGAAGUCGGUCCGGGACAUCGAGGGUUCGGUGCAGCCAUCCAGGGACCGGAAGGCGAAGAUCACGGACAAGAUUGCGUACUUGAAGUACAAGGACCCGCAGUCUCCCAAGAUCGAGGUCUUGGAGCAGGAGCUAGUUCGUGCCGAGGCCGAGUCGUUGGUUGCGGAGGCCCAGUUGUCCAAUAUUACGCGUUCGAAGUUGCGUGCGGCUUUCAACUAUCAGUUUGACUCGUUGAUCGAGCACAGUGAAAAGUUGGCCUUGAUUGCAGGGUAUGGGAAGGCUUUGUUGGAGUUGUUGGAUGAUUCUCCGGUUACUCCAGGCGAGACUAGACCUGCUUAUGACGGUUACGAGGCAUCGAAGCAGAUUAUUAUCGAUGCGGAGGCUGCUUUGAAUGAGUGGACUCUGGACACUGCUGUUGUAAAGCCAUCACUCUCCAUUAGACAGGACUACAACGAAGAGGAGUUCGAAGAAGGUGAGGAAGGUGAAGAGCAAUGGGACCAGGAGGCCACCGAAGAACAAGUUACUGCUUGA